CUGCCCCGCCCAUCACCUCCUCUCGAGUGUUCAAUGGGGAAGGUGAGCAGCAACAGCAGCAGCCCGGACUGUUGUGACUGAAGGACUUUUUGGACUCGGCAUCCGUCGGAGGUCGACUUACUUCCCCGAGAGCGUAAACCGCGCAACCAGAUGGAGAGUGAAGAUGACGGAGUCCUCCGCUGCCGAGCCCCCCCGAGGAGGACCCCCUCCCCAGAUUUGGCGUCGGAUGGAUCUUCGAAUGGGGAAUGUAAUCCGGGACAGCACCGAGGCAAUGGCGGGGAGCACAUUACCAGCAAUGGAAAAAUUGAAGUGGAGCAGGUGAUCAGCAAAAAGCUUCAACUGAAAAGAAAAGCAGAGUUCCUGAAGACUGACCUGAUGCAUCAGUUGGGCAGUCAGGUCAAUGACUUCAUGGACAGUCUUAUUGAGGAGUCGGCCAUCCUGGAGCCGGCACCGGUACCCGCUGUCUUCUCACCGCCGCUGUCGGACAAGGAGCGGGGAAAACUCAGGAAUUUCCGGCCUCCCCAUGGCGAGGGGAAGCACUUUGUCAGUCGCAGGUCCCUCUUAGACGAGCUGUUGGAGGUGAACCACAUCAGGACGAUCUACCACAUGUUUAUUGCCCUGCUCAUUCUCCUCAUCCUCAGUACACUGGUGGUAGAUUUCAUCGAUGAAGGCAGACCGGUGCUGCACUUUGACCUGCUGGUCUAUGCGUUUGGACAGUUCCCGCUGGUGUUGUGCACGUGGAUCUGCAUGUUCCUGUCUGUGUUGCUGGUCCCCUACUCCCUCUUCCACCUGUGGGUGCAGACCCAGUGUGGGUCUUCCUCUCACCCCGGGUUGUGCAGCUUGCUGUUUGGCUCUGUGUUCCUCCUCUACCAAGCUGUGGGAGUGGGAUUCCUGCCUACGUACGUGGUGGUGACCAACAGCCUCCCGCCCGCAUCCUGCUUCAUCAUCAUCCUGGAACAGGUGCGUCUAAUGAUGAAAGCCCACUCCUUCGUCAGGGAGAAUGUACCAAGAGUCCUGACCUGGGCUGAAGAAAAGACCAAUCCCCGCCCAGAGUUCCCUCAGGUCUCUCAGUACAUCUACUUUCUGUUUGCACCUACACUCAUCUACAGAGACAAGUACCCCAGGAACCCAGUGAUCAGGUGGAGCUACGUAGCCACAAAGUUUCUUCAGGUACUGGGCUGUAUGUUUUAUGUCUAUUACGUGUUUGUGCGGCUGUGCAUCCCUCAGUUCCGCAGCAUCAGUCUGCAGCUCUUUGACCGGAGGGCCAUGGUCCUCUGUGUGUUUAACUCCAUCUUGCCAGGAGUGUUGAUUCUCUUCCUGGGAUUCUUUUCCUUCCUCCACUGUUGGCUUAAUGCGUUUGGUGAGAUGCUGCAAUUUGCAGACCGGAUGUUUUACAAGGAUUGGUGGAACUCGACCUCUUUUGCGAAUUACUAUCGUACUUGGAAUGUAGUGGUUCAUAACUGGCUCUACUACUACGUCUACCGUGACUUCCUGUGGCUAUCUCGGAAGCGCUUCAGACCAGUAGCCAUGCUGUUUGUGUUUACGCUGUCUGCUGUUGUCCACGAGUACAUCCUCGCGAUCUGCUUUGGUUUCUUCUAUCCCGUCCUCUUCUGCCUCUUUAUGUGCUUUGGAAUGAUGUUUAACUUCAUUCUGCACGACCAAAGAAAAGGUCCUAUCUGGAACAUAAUCAUGUGGACCUCCCUCUUCCUGGGCCAGGGAGUCAUUAUCUGUCUGUACUCUCAGGAGUGGUACGCCCGGCACUACUGCCCCCUGAAGGAGCCGUCAUUGCUGGAGUUACUGAAGCCUCGCUCCUGGAGCUGUCAGAGAGGUCAGACGGAGGACUCGGAGCUGUGAUCCACUGCUGAGGAUCAUCACUCAUCACAAUACAAUUCUGAUCAGCCUUUCUGUUUCUGUUGAACUUUCCAAUAUUUCUAGUUCGUUUUUUUUUUUUUAUUGCACUAAGGUGACCAAGUCUAUGUAAGAAUGUAUGGAAGAGAUCCAAUAAGUAUCAGUGCCAAAUGUUUCUUUACUUUAACAUAAUGACUUGUAUUCUUUUGUUUUUGAAAGCACAACCUACAAAAUUACAAAUCCACUUGUUAACAAUUGUAUUUGUAUUUCAUUAUUUUUCAGAUGUACUCCCAUUACUUCCGCUUUGUUCAACUGUGAAACCUUGUGCCAAUAUAAUGUCGUGGCAGUGGGAUACAAACAAAUACACUAUACAGACAUCACAUGCAGUAAUAGUUAAUAUUUAACAAAGUUUGCUAAUACAAGUUCAGACUGUUUGGAAAAGCCUUUCAAUGUUAUUUAUUUGUACUGCCUAUAAGAUUUAUAUAGAAGAAUAUUUUGUAUAAAUGUAUGAGAAACUGUCUGUAUUAAUGCCUGAAGUUUACCGUUAACAUCUCUGAUAAGGAAAAUUAGGAAGUUGGAAGUUGCUUUUGACAUUUAUAUAUUUAUAUAAUGGAAGUAUAGAAAUAAAAAAAAUACUGAGCCUACAAAAUAAAUCUGUCAUGGAUAAAAUGUUUCCUGUUAAACUGUGUUUGGGUCUGGUCAUUAAAAAUGAAAGGCUAUCUGAAGAAUAAUGUACCUAUAAAUGUUACGAUUUGAAAUAGUAAUGAUACUUGACUUGCACUCGGGCCAACAGAUUGCUUUGUCCGAUAUUACGUAUGUGAAAUCAGUGUUGGGAUGUUUGUAUCAUAAACAUUUAAAAGGACAGUAAGAUUUCUUUCAAACGAAUGGAAAGCUGCAUGUCAGUGCUUUUAAUUCCUGUCAUUUUGAGACUGGUCGUGUAUAUCAAAGUUACCCGGAAUCAGCAAUGAAAACACUUCAUUGCCACAAGGUGGCCCCGUAUUCAAGGCUUUUACUUUGGAUUCUUCCGCUGCUCGGAUGAGGUUGUGAAUUGGCUUCAGGAGUAAUUUAGUUUCUUACACAUUUUAUAUCAAACAAACAAGUAGCAGCAACGUAUUUGUUCAAUAUGCAAAGAAAUAAAUAAAUGUUGGAAUGCCCUGUUGUACUUUCUCACAAGGAACUGUUGAGUUUUCUCCAUUUGAAUAAAUCAUUUUGCUUUACGCCUGCAUGAUUUUGGUAAUGAGGAUACAAUUUAUAGCAGUUAAAAGAGACGCCCUGUAGAUGCGUUUAUUCAAACUGUUUAUUUCAGGAGGUGGAGCUUCUGCUUGCGUCUGUGAUCUUUGUGUUCAUUGUGACUUUUUUUCUCCUGGUCUUGAAUAGGUCAUUGUCAAGUCAGUGUGUUAUGAAUGAGUACGUUCCGUCUCCUGAGGUGAACCCGAUUGCUGUCCGAGACAUUCUUAAUUCUUAAGACCAAAGUAUAAAUAAAAAUAUAGUAUGUUC